GACAAGGGCUGGGAACAUGACCUUCAAAACAGAUGCAAUUAAUUAAGUUGGUAUCAACUUUGAAAAGGGUGCUGGCCAACUGCAAUUAAUAAACAAUGAGAAGACUAAGAACAUGAUCGUCGUAUGUAAUUAAUUAAGGUGCAGUGUAACCCUGCACGUAGGCCAGGGGGCUUUUGUGUAGAAAUAAGGCUCCUUAGACUCUGUCCAGAGAGCUUCGACACAGACCUUGACCGUUGCAGUGCUGUGUACCUGUUGGCCACCACUUGGGAUCCCUCUGUUAUUGUCUACUUGUUGCUCCCAACAACUGAAAGGAGAACGGGAAUCCAGCACAGGGAAGAGGAGAUGGCAUCUGUGUUCCAGAGCUUGGGGUCCACUGUUGGCUGGAGGAACCAUGAGAUCCUGUCUGACUUCGAGGAGAGUCCGCUCCCUGAUAGAUUCAGGAAGAAGCCCUCUCGCAACCUGAGCGCCGUGCGGAUGUCCUUAAGGAAGCGGAUGCCUCUAAAGGAAGUUGAGAUGAACUUCGAUGAGAAUCCAACUUGGGAGAGCCUGGAAGCCAAGGAGAAGGGCCGGAACGUCCAGGCACUUACGAGGACGGCUAGAAACGCCUUUGGGACGGUGUCACAGAAAAUCCAGAAGAGCUGUCAAGGCCCCACUCGCUCCCUGGCAUCCUCCUGGGCCAAAGCCUCCAUGGGCAGCAGGAAGGGCUCUGCCAAGACCCAAAGCUUGUUGCCUCAGACCCCUUGCCGCAAGAGCAACAGGCUUGCCACCAUCUCGACCCCGACAUCCGGCACCAGGAUCCUGUCCCCACCUGGCAAGAGAUCCUCCUUUCGGCAGGGCUCCUGCCGGCUUCAGAAAGACCUCCUCCCUCUCCGGAGAUCCAUGAGGGCUGCAGCCUUGAGAAGCCCGUAUGCUUCUUCUGCACCUGCCCGACAAAGGAGGCAACUUGAUUGCAACGUGGAGUUGGUCUCCACUGGCAUUCGCCACCUGAAGCGUCUCUCUCGGGCCUUCAACGACAUCAUUGUCCAAGAAGAGAGAGAUCAAGCCAUCAUGAACUACUACCAGGUGAUGGCACAGAAUUUGCGGGCUGCGCAGCUGCGCUCUCGGAACCUCUCCCAGUCUACGCUCAAGAGGCAAGCAGCCAGGCUGCGGAGGGCGCUCAGCAGCUGGGCUGAUAAUAACCUUAAAUAACACCAGUCUUGGGGAAUAUGAAGGGUGUGUGUGUGUGUCCUUGCGUGUUUGUGUUUAUCUUACUUUUUAAAAAAUAGCUGUUUGUAUACAACUCUACUCUGAAUAAGCUUGUGUAAAAACAAAAACACUACCUUUUGUAACGCCUUAAUAAAACUACUUGGAUUUUUGCUA